AUGAAGUGGCUUUCGAUGUUUCUGGCUAUAAGCCUAACGGCUUCUGAAAAACUGGAUCGAACAUAUCUUCCACCACCGGGAGCUCAGUUUGCUGGAGGAAACCCUAAUGAUAUUCUAGCACCUUUAGAACCACCCAAUCUUCCUCAAACUGGAUCUAUACCAGUUGGUUACGUUCCAAAUAGUUAUAAGGAAUCUAAAGAAUCACUGAUCAAAUCACCUAUCACUACAACAUCUUACGCAUUUACGCAAACCACAACUUAUCCAUCUAUUGAAAGUUAUGGCACGACUGCUAUACCAAUAAAUCCUAUUAUUGGUCUUCCAGUUCCAAACCUUGAUCAAAAUAAUAACCUGUUUCACAAUCAAAACUUGCCAAAUUAUUUCCAACAAGAUGACGCCCACAGCUUUAAUAUUCUACCCGGCUCUAUAAAUCAGAAUCAAAAUCAAAACAUUAUUGGCACUGAAGAUGAUGUUCUGAUUCCUAGCUCUAAUUUUCAGCAACCAAUUUUUAACCCGGGUUUUCAACAAUAUCCAAGUGAACAACUAGACAAAGAAACGAAUUCAGAUCUGAAUGUCGUUCACCCACACCCUAUUACUGUACAAGAAAACUUAAUUCCUCAAAAUCAAUACAGUGAAAUUCAAAACCAAGGUGUUUCAACUGAACGUGUUCCUCUAAGCAACACCUAUAUUAACACUCCUCUAUCUCCAUAUAAUCAAAACUACCCAAGUUAUAGUAAUGUUGGAACGUCCCAGAAGCAAUUUUUGCCUGAAGUACAAAGUACGUUAAACCCCGAACUACUGAGAGAAACAGAAUUUAAACAACUUGGACAAGAUCAUAGAGAUGUUCUUAGUACUACUCCAAGUUUUAUAUCCUCCGUAGCACCUGAUUCGUCUAGUGGCUCCAUUAGGUAUUUUGAAAGACCACAGGCAGCGAGGGAUAGAGGCGCUGUGAUUCUCAACUAUGAAAAUGUCCUUACACCAAAUAGUUACUCAUAUAGUUACGAUACCUCAAACGGAAUCCAUGCUGAUGAAAGUGGUGUGGUUGAAGAUGGAACGAAAGCUAAAGGAUCAUAUUCUUACACGGGCGAUGAUGGAAAAAUUUACAGUAUUUUUUACACCGCUGACGAAAAUGGUUUCCAGCCUCAUGGUGAUCAUUUACCAACUCCUCCACCAGUACCAGAAGCUAUUAAAAGGGUUAUAGAACAAGCUGCUAGAGAUAAAGAAGCAGGAAUUGUUGAUGAUGGUUCUUAUGAUGAAAACAAAUAUGGGUAUAAAAAAUAUUAUAAUCCUUUAAAUCACCGUCGCCUGCAAGGAAAUAAAUUAGAAAGCCAAAAAUUAAGACCGAUGUCUGGAGCAACUAAUAAUAUAUCCAACAAGAAGCAACCCAUACCACAAUUCCCUGAACAUGUUGAUAUUGGCAACAAAAAUAAUUCAUAUAAAAAUGGUUUUGAGAAUGAGAAAUAUGAAGAAGAUUAUAAUGAAAAUAGAAAUAAUACAUUUUUUGCUCUAAAUAAUAAUGAAAAAACCAUUGACAGUCCUAGAUCUCACGAUACUUCAGACUUCGAUGCAGACAAGUCAUUUAUUUCACUGGUUCCAGGCGAACACAAUGACCAAUCAAAUAUUGUAAACUUCAAAGACCCUCAUCCGUUCGGCCACAGUGAAAAUAAGAACAUUAAACUUAACCAAGUUAAUAAUUCUGCAAAUAAGGAGCUUCCAAGAUCCGGUCAAGCAUCAGCUUCUCCAAAAGAUAGUUUUUCAGAUAUUACCAAUAUAAGAGAAGAUGUAAAACAAAAUCCAGUUAAUAACGAGCUAAUUAAAGCAGUUGACGAGAAAUAUGACAUCCAUCAACAAUCGAACCAGGAGAUUAAUCAACAAGUAGAUCAAAAUGGAUAUUAUUAUAAUAUUCCGAAAAACCAGGAAUUCACUUCAAGAAUGAAAGCUGAAAACCCGUCUUCGACAACAGAACGUCUGUAUACAACAUUCAAGAAAAUUACCACACCGCUACCUGUAACUCCUAAAGUGCGCAUCGAACCAACGAACAGGAUCCAAUACAACAAUACAACAUACAACAGUAAUCGCAAAUCAACUACUCCACGACCAUUCAUGACAUCACGUGUCACUAUUCCUAGAGGUGGUUCUUACUCUGACUAUGAUAACGAAGAUGAUCAGGAUAUCGAAGGAGAAAAUGUCCCUAACAAUAUACAGCCUAGUGAAGUAAUUAACAACGGUGCCCGUCGUCCACUACAAUCGUCACAGACAGUUACACCAAGUUAUAUGUCAGAUACUGCUAUUCCUACAGCAUCAUACUCUUCCAGAUUUGGUAAUACUGAAACUCCGCAAACUAAUUCAAAAACUCAAGAAGCUCAAAAACUUACCUCAAAAACACCAGAAUCUUUAAAUGAUUUUGGUAACACCAAAACAUCAAACUACAUGUAUCAAACUACAAGACCUUCCUUUGAUAUUGACACAACGGUUACACCAAAUUACUCGUCUCAUGUAGAAGUCAAAGUCGGCGCUUAUAAUCCAUCGGUGUCUAGAGAAUACGGUCCACGAGAGCAUUUAACAUCUACAUUUAAACCAGUACCCACUACUACUAUACAAACGCCUUCUGUAUAUCAGCCAGACUUUUAUAGACCACCUCAAUUAUCUCCCUCUAGUAAUGGAUUUCAGUAUCAGCCCAUUAGUUCUGAAUAUAAUGUAAGGCCUCAAAUCCCUGUCAAAAUAGAUGCUGGAUCCAAUCCCGACUAUUAUCAAACUAUUAACUAUCAAAAACCUGUUGAUUAUUCAGGAACUACAAAUGGACCUGAAAUUAGAUAUGACAUAACGUCACCUAAAUAUGCCUCAACAACUGUAUUUUCACCACACUCCCAAGGCUCUCUUAUCAGCUCCGGUUUGUCCGAACCUCAUGUUUCUGACACCCCAUUUUCUGGUUACAUAUAUGGACCGCCGAAAAUAGUUUAUCCAAGUACCGAUUCAAGUAGGACCAUACCCGAUUCCAUUAUACAUUCACAACCUUCGCAGCCAAAUCGCUUCCCUCAAUUAUUUUCAACGACUACACAGCCUCCUACUCGUUCUUCUGUCCAAGAUACUUAUGACCAGAACACUGUUGUAGAUGGCUUCGGAAGACCUAUCAUAUCUGAGAUACAAUCAGUUUCGUCUCCAGAUCAAAAGAACAAUCCGUUUAUUGGAACACAGUUUUCUCCUGAAGAAGAUUUAAAAAGGGUUGACGGAACGUCUGUUGGAUCAAGUGCCUUAGCCGAAGGUGAGCACCCGACUUAUACUGUCGAACACUCUACAAGGUAUCCGGAAUAUAAUAACCAGGCGAAGGUUAUUGGAGAAAACUUCAGUGGACCCAAACAACCGCAUAAGUUUGAUCCGCAGACCGGCUAUCAUUACAAGUGA